AUGGGGCGUGAUUUAACAGAAGGGGAGCUGGAGGCGAUCAGUGUCAUUGAACGAGUUGGCUCCGUAUUCUCGCUGUUGGGAUGUCUUUUCGUUAUCAUUACCUUCACCUUCUCGAAGGCUUUCCACAAGCCUAUUAACCGCCUAGUCUUUUAUGCCUCCUUCGGUAAUAUGAUGACCAACGUUGGAACAUUGAUGUCAAGAAGAUACGUGAUGGAGAUUGAUACGUUUGGAUGCCAAUUUCAAGGAUUUCUUAUACAAAUGUUCCUGCCCGCUGAUGCCUUUUGGACAUUGGCUAUGGCAUUUAAUGUCUACUUAACUUUUUACUACAAGUUUGACGCCGGUAAACUCCGUAUGAUGGAAAAAUGGUACCUCUUAAUAUGUUACGGCGUUCCAUUCGUUCCCGCGCUCACCUACGUUUUUGUGAGAACGGAGUCGGCUGGAAGGAUGUAUGGCAAUGCCACUUUAUGGUGUUGGGUUAGCUCGGGAUGGGAUAUCUUUCGGAUCAUUACUUUCUACGGUCCUGUCUGGGUUGUUAUCUUACUUACAAUGGCUAUCUAUAUCCGAGCAGGGAAAGACAUAUAUCAGAAGCGCAAGCAACUACGAAAUUUUGGCGCUAGCAGCAGCGCCCACGAUCCCGAUGCAUUGAAUAUGAACGACCCCUAUUCAGUGAAGACGACCGAAGUAACAGUCACGUCCGAAGCUGCUGGAGAGGGCGGAAGUGGAAUCGACCUCGCACCCCUUGGAAGAUUCGGCAUGAAUAAGAGCAACCCGUCGUACUCGGUAACAAUAUCGUCGAAUAAUGCGAAAGGUAGCGGCAAAGCACAAGAGGGGGACGUCGUGAUUCCUAUUCAGAGCAACGUGCCGCAGACACCAGCCGCAGCCCAGUCACGAGCAAAAUCGCAAAAGAGAAGGGCGAACUUCGAGGCCAAUAAUGCUGCGUGGUCAUAUAGCAAGUGUGCCAUCCUCUUCUUUACGGCGCUCCUUGUUACUUGGCUUCCUUCGACAGCGAAUCGCGUGUACAGUAUCGUCAAUACGAAUAGCGUGCUAGCAUCCCUCGAGAUUAUGAGCGCAAUCGUCUUACCACUUCAGGGGUUCUGGAACUGCCUGAUAUACGUCGCGACAAGUUGGGAGGCAGUGAGGAUGACAUUUUUAGAUAUCCGGGUCCGUAUCACCGGACGACGCCCCGAGUUGAGCCAGUACGGCAACGAACACCAGGAUAAACGAAAUUUCGCAUUCAGGCUUACAAGCCGAAGUUCACAUAAAGACAUAGAGAGCGAAUCAAUGACGGAGUUAGCUAAUAGCAGCAGGACGUCGCAAUCUCACCAGGAUGCGAAAGGGUAG